AUGUAUUCAAAAGCGUGCUUCUAUCUAUCUAUCUAUCUAUCUAUCUAUCUAUCUAUCUAUGUAGCUUCUAUGGGUUAUAUCUCUUCACCCUCCAUCUAUGGGUUAUAUCUCUUCACCCUCCAUUUAUGGGCUAUAUAUCUUCACCCUCCAUCUAUGGGUUAUAUCUCUUCAUCCUCCAUUUAUGGGUUAUAUCUCUUCACCCUCCAUCUAUGUGUUAUAUCUCUUCACCCUCCAUCUAUGGGUUAUAUCUCUUCAUCCUCUAGCUAUGGGUUAUAUCUCUUCACCCUCCAUCUAUGGGUUAUAUCUCUUCAUCCUCCAGCUAUGGGUUAUAUCUCUUCAUCCUCCAUGUAUGGGUUAUAUCUCUUCACCCUCCAGCUAUGGGUUAUAUCUCAUCAUCCUCCAUCUAUGGGUUAUAUCUCUUCACCCUCCAUCUAUGGGUUAUAUCUCUUCAUCCUCCAUCUAUGGGUUAUAUCUCUUCACCCUCCAUAUAUGGGUUAUAUCUCUACAUCCUCUAGCUAUGGGUUAUAUCUCUUCAUCCUCCAUCUAUGGGUUAUAUCUCUUCAUCCUCUAGCUAUGGGUUAUAUCUCUUCACCCUCCAUCUAUGGGUUAUAUCUCUUCAUCCUCCAGCUAAGGGUUAUAUCUCUUCAUCCUGUAGCUAUGGGUUAUAUCUCUUCACCCUCCAGCUAUGGGUUAUAUCUCUUCAUCCUCCAUUUAUGGGUUAUAUCUCUUCACUCUCCAUCUAUGGGUUACAUCUCUUCACCCUCCAUCUAUGGGUUACAUCUCUUCAUCCUCCAUCUAUGGGUUAUAUCUCUUCACCCUCCAUCUAUGGCAAAUCAAAUAAAGAUUCUAUUCCUACACUUUAAAUAUGUCGAUUCGCUUCUUUUUUUUUUCUUACACGCCAUGCCAUGCCAGGUCGUGGGAGUUCAUGCCUCUUCCUUUCUUUUGCAGCGUUAA